AAAAGCUGCAGAACGAAAGGGAAGUGGGUCUGUUUCCGGAAGUGGCCUGCCAUGUGACCGGAAUCAGCUGUUAUCCCGAGAGGGCUGCGAUUGUUUUGCCAUGUGGCGCUGCCUGGUGUGGAGUCCGUUGUGGCAGCGGCGGCGUCCGGCCAGGGGCCCUGCCUGGCUUUCCAUGGUUCUCGCUCGUAGUCUGGGCUGGCCGGAGCCGCGGCGCUCCCUCACUAAUCGGCCCAAUCUACAUGAGCUAUUCGCCAUGCCGGCUCUUCAGCGCUUCCUGGAACAGCAGAUGCAGCAGCAGCAGUCAGAGUAUUCGGGAGGCCCCCGGUCGCAGUUGACGGCCUUGAUUCGCCUCCUGAGUGCCAAGGAGCAGGAUCUGCGCGACACUGAAAACCUGGCACGGGAAGAUAAAAAUGAAGAUUUGCGGAUGCUUGCAGAAGAGGAAGUUGUUUCCUGUCACAAAGAGAUAGUAGAACUGAAACGCCAGAUAGUACUGCUUUUGAUUCCUUCAGAAAAAACAGAUGAAAGUGAUCUUAUCCUAGAAGCGACUGCCGGAGUUGGGGGGCAGGAAGCAAUGCUGUUCACAGCAGAGAUGUUUGACAUGUAUCAACACUAUGCUGCAUAUAAAAAUUGGAAUUUUGAAAUUCUGGAAUAUAUGUCCAGUGAUAUAGGUGGUUUGAGACAUGCUUCUGCCACUAUAGGAGGUCUUGAAGCUUACAAGCACAUGAAAUUUGAAGGAGGAGUACAUCGGGUACAACGAGUGCCUAAGACAGAGAAGCAAGGUCGCAUUCAUACUAGCACAAUGACAGUAGCGGUAUUACCACAACCCACUGAGAUAAAUCUGGCAAUUAGUCCCAAAGACUUGCUCAUUGAAACAAAACGAGCCAGUGGAGCUGGUGGUCAGCAUGUGAAUACCACAGACAGUGCUGUUCGAAUAGUUCACGUUCCCACAGGUGUUGCAGCUGAAUGUCAGCAAGAAAGGUCUCAAAUCAGGAAUAAAGAAAAGGCUAUGCAGGUGCUUCGUGCCAGACUAUAUAACAUAAAACUUGAAGAAGAGUCAAGAAAGAGAGAGAGUGCCAGAAAGGUUCAGAUUGGGACCAGAGGAAGGUCUGAGAAGAUCAGAACUUACAACUUUCCACAGGAUCGAGUUACUGACCACAGAAUAACCAGAUCAGUGUAUCACAUUGAAAAAUUCCUGUUGGGAGAAGAACUGCUGGAUGAAAUGAUACAGUCCUUAAGAGAAUAUGCUGAAUAUGAGACUCUAAUGGAAGUCAUUUCAAAAAGUGAUCCAACCAGGCUGAGCUGAUCUUCAUCACGUUCUAGUUCCACAGGUAUGGAAAAGCAGCUAAACUGUCUGCACAACAACUUUGUUGGUCCCACCAAAGAGUUGUUCUCUGGCAGAGAAAAGUGCUCAGUUGAUGGACCUAGACAGCUUUCUCAGAUAAAGCUGUAAUGCUUUUCUGUACCAAGCAUAACUGCUUCAGGCAGACAAUUUUUAGUUUGGAUUGGGAAUUAUUAUAGUUUCCCUUCUUGAGUGAGCAGUGCUGUGCUAUUCUGCAGAUGUCAGCAAAACACUAAGAAAAUAAUUUCUUUCAAGUUCUUUGUCAUUUAUUGUAUUUAGUACAAUAAUAAUUAACAUUGCACUGCCCAACCUUGCAGUAUUAAUCACUUUGGAAUUCAGAUAAUGCAACCUGUAAUUCCACUGAUUUGAAUGGGAUUCCAAAAUUAAAUGCCCCAGAGUAGUUGCAGCGUUGCUCUGUUGUAGUAAAAGUAACUAGGAAUCUAUUGGAAUCUUAAACAAUAAAAUAAUGUAUGAUGGUCUUUGAAGUGCUGCAAGACUAUUAUUCAUUUCUGUUUCAAGUGGUGUUUAGUUCUGGAUUAGCAAAUUGAAUUUAUAAUUCAACGGAAUAUUGUUAUGGUUGUGACCCUACAAACUGUUGUGCUGACACAGUUAUUCAUGGGGUUGUUUCUUAUUCUGUCUCUGUUCUCUUAAACUAACAAACUUGUUUGUUUAAAAAAUCUGAGCCUAAUGGCAUAGCCUAGCUAAGUACUUGCAUUCAUUUGAUUGAAUUUGUCUGCGGGUGGAGAUUAAGGAUGGGCCCGUCAUCUUCAGAGCCUACCUCAACCUGUGCCUUGUAGUGCUUCUUCUGGAGACUGAAAACAGGACUCUUGUCAUCUUAACAGCUUUAGCAUGCAUUUUUCAAUGUGAAAAAAACCAAACCCAAACCUGUAUUAAUCUCUCUCCAUCUCCUAACUUUAAAGUGAGAAAGAACAGAGAGGGAGAGAGAUGGGUGGCGGCCUGAAAGAAAUUAAAAACUAGGGCGGGAUAAAUACAAUAAAAUAAAUA